UCGAGCGACUAUCACAAGAGAAAACCACACAAAAGAAUGGAGAGCAAGAAAAUCUCUCGUCUUCUGACCCUCGUUUUCUCUCUUCUCAUGGUUGAGGAUCCGAUGGCAUCCCGAGUUCUGGCCGAAAAUAGGCCUACUACUGUCAUUGGCCUCGUCCCUUAUGUCGGCAUGAAUGGGAGCAUGCCGUCGAGGGACAAGAUUGCAAGCUAUCCUUUGGACUUAGGAGAUGUGCCCAUGCGUCCACCGGCGACAAAGACCACGAUGUCGCAAGCCGGCCACCCUAACACAUUUGCAAGCGCCGUUGUCUCCGCCCCUAGCAAUGCUAAAGUCAAUGUCCCCACCGCAGUUUCUCCUAACAGUGCCACCUCAAAAAGCAGCGUCACUAGCGCCGCUAGCGGAACCGGCGUCACAAUUCCUCGACACCCUUGAUGGUUUUAAUGAAAAAAACCUUGAUGAUUGUUGUUUAGUUUCUUUCUUCUGGGGUUGUUCUCGUUCUUGUUCGAUUGAAGUGAUGAUGUAUUCCUUUGUAACGUCGUGUUUUUUAGUGUAAUAAGCAUGUACGAUUCACGUGUAAGG